AUGGAAUCUAUUGGACCAGAAUCUAUUCAUAAUCAGCCUCAAAAUUUUUCGAAGAAUAGCAAAAGGAAUAAAAAGAGCAGAAAAAAUAAGAAGAGGAAGAAUUCUAAAGAGAGAAAAGUAUCUAAACAAGAUCAAACGAAGAAGACAGUCAAAGAGAUCUGCUUUUCUUGUUUAAAGAUCAUUAAUAAUAGCUUAGAGGAUGAGAAGAAUGAAGAAGGAUCUAACCAAGAAGGAUGCGUUUUCGAUUUCGACAAAAAUAACACAGCUUUGAUGCAAUCAGAAUCUUUAGCAGAGUCUAUACAAUACCUUUGUGAAUGGAUUUUUGAUAUUAGGAAUCUGCUCAAAAAGCCAAUUAUAAAGAAAUUAUCUAACAAAAUGAAAAAGGCAAUAGAAAUAUCCAGUGAAGAAGUUGAGAAUAGAUUUAAACACUGAAUCAUGAACAAUUUUAGUGUCUCUUGAAAAUAAUGAAAGUCCUCAGGCACAACUAAGAUUCAGAAAUGAAACCUUGCAAGCAAUAAACCUUGAAGAUUUUAUCAGCUCUCCAGUCUUGUACUGAAUUACUCUUGCUGAGAUCUACACCAAGAUGUCAAAGCCAGUUCUGAAUCGGGAAUGAAAGCCGUUCAUCUUAGGAGUCCUGUAUCUUUUUAAGUCAUCCAAAAAUAUAUUACAAAUCGUAUUGCUUGACAGCUUCGCAGACAUUAUUAGAAAAUUGAUUCAAAUUCAGGUUAAUCUCGUUCGAAAUGCAGGAUCUCAUAAAGAUAUCAGCUUAAUCUGAGUCUUAUUGGAGUAUUACUGAAGUGUGCUUGAAAACUACAACAUUUAUAAGCCAGCAUCUCAUUCAUAUCUGUCUGUAAAAUAUAUCACACAGUUCAACAUUAGUCUGAUUGGAAAAAUUAAAUUUGCUAAUUUCAAGCAAUCUAGACAAGAAUUUAUAAACGAUAUGAUUCAAAAUCAUGACAUGUAUCAGCCUGGACUAGCUUCAUACAAUGAGGAAUUAUGCGUUGAAUUAUCAAAGCUGUUAAUAAGAAAUAAGAUUCAAAUUAGUCAGAUUCUCCCUGAGCUCCUUUCAAUGUCUCACCUCAGUCAAGACAAAACUAAUACUGAAGAUCAGCGAGAGAAAUAUAUAACUGCACUUCAAGAGAUGUUUCACUUUAUGUAUUCAAACAACUGAACAAGCAUAAAUUUGCUAGAGUACAGAUCUAUUCUUAGUAUUCUCCCCAAGAUCACUCUUGCUCUCGGUUCGGAUGAGGCCCUAAAUGAAGUUGUAGAGGGCUUCAAAAAGUAUUAUUCUGAUCCUGAAGACGAUGGAGAUGAUAUUUGCUCAGAGCCAAAAGUAACAGAGGCCAUAACUUCAGAAGACAUAUUUUAUAAAAUAAGCACUUUCCUAGCUUCUAAGCCUAACUUAGAGAUCCUUGAAGCUCAUAUUUCUGAAGUAUCAACAGUUAGAACUCAGGCCCUUCCACUUAAAGAAAGAGAUACCUUGAUAAAGAUGAUAACUGAAUGCAUGUUAAGCAGCAAGAUUCACAAAUAAAUACGGAAUGUUUACAGUAGAAAAUGUUGGAUCAAGCGCUAAUGGACUUUGGAACCCUUCUUCAGACAUUGAUUGUGUAAUCAACUUUGAAGAUCCCAAAAGAUCCAAGAACGUAGAAAACCCAAGAUGAUGUCACAAGCUUAAUGAAGAAUAUCAGAAAAUCAAUCAGAGGCAUAUUCUAUUCUAUAUUUUAGAAUUGGCACAAGACUACCAGAUACUCGGAAUUUUCUUUGCAAGAGUUCCAAUCCUUCAAUUUGAAGCUAGGAUACCUACAACUCUUGAUGAUGGAAAUCGGGGGUUUAGAAAUAUAAAGUGAGAUAUAAGUGUAAACAAUCCUCUUGGAAUAGCUAAUUCAAGAUUAAUAAGACUUUACAAUGAAUACGAUCAGAGGUGCUACCUCAUAAUGGUAUACAUAAAAUAUCUAUUCAGUAAAUCAAAAAUGUCUGAUGCUUCGUUUGGAUAUCUAUCAAGCUACGCUCUUAACUUAAUGGUGAUCGCCUAUCUACAAAGUUGUGAUCCUCCAGUAUUACCUAAUCUUCAAGAUCCGAUCUACAAACAGAGCUAUAAGAACUUAAAAGUGUGAGCAAGACAAAAAUAAAAGGGAUAAAAAGUUCUUAGUUAAGACCUAUACUGUUUCUUUCUGUGAAGAUCUACUCAAAGAGGUAAAGCCAAAAUUUAAAUCUGAGAAUACUUGCUCAGUAUCAGAAUUACUCAUUCAGAUCUUGUGCUUCUACUUCAUAAAACCUCCUCAGAAGAGGAGCUAUGAUUUUAUGAACUCUAACAGUUCAAAAAUAUUGGAUAUAUAUAAUCCGAGAGAAAUGGUUGUUGAUAUCCGCUCAGGAGGACUUGUCAAAGAUAAAUCAAAGGAUAAAAAACUUCCCAUGGUGAGAAUAAUCGAUCCCCUGAAUAAUGAAGGAGUAGGGCUGGGUGUUAAAAGAGAUUCUGGGAUUCACCUUAGCUAUCAAAAUUUAGUAGAACAGUUCCUAGAGAAUGUAAUUGAAAAUUCAUAGUUCAACACAACCA